UAUUCUGGAGGACAAGGGGCCGAUGUAACUUGGACCCACCGACGCCUGCUCGCUGUCAGGGCUUUUUUUCUUGACUCUUGUAAAAAGAUGGCGUCUUUCGGGACUGUUGGAGCCCGAUUCGAGCCGUGCCCCCGGCCCCUGCCGCCCCUCGGCCGCCGUGUUUUUUUUUUUAUCUUUGAUGGAAGUUGUUAUCAGCGUGGCUGCUGGCUGCGUUAGCUCCGCGCGGCUAACAGGAUGGUUAGCAUUAGCGGCUACGGCUAACGUUAUCCACUUGUUCUCAGCCUCAGACGGAGCAAUGUCGGACGGUUUUUUUCACACCGAAACACCGAAAAACAGCCCGUAAACCGCGACGGUUCUCCCAAACAGGCGGCCGGGGGGCUCUCCGAGGGGGGACCGAGCGUCCACAGGGCCGCAGAGGCUUAAUAACACGGUUAUAAAACAUUAAUUUGUCUGCCCGAAACAAAAACCCACUUUUCAGUGUUUGAACUCCCGCAGCAGAAGAAGAAGAAGCACUUGGCGGCUUUCAUCUUGAAACCCUCCAUUUUAGCUUCAUUUCUUCCCUUUUCGGGCCCUCUGCGGAGGCACGCGGGGCUGCUCGGGGAAGUUUAUCCCGACAACUUGGCGUCCCACCCGGGGAGCAAUUACUCCAAUUAACCGGCGGCCUCCACAGCCCGCUAACAGCCGCCGAGCACCUCCGCUCAGGUGCUGCACGUAUGGACGCUUCUCAGGUGGACCGGGACCCCCCACCCCAACACUACAGGUCCCAGUACUCAGGGCCCCCAGCUCGCGCUGCAGGCUGGAGCACAAAAGAAACACGAGCGAGUACUGCACAGGGCUCGUUCUUAAUGCUCCUCUUUGGUGUGUCACAUGACCUCUGAAUCACUGUGGGCAGUGUGACCUGAUCAGGUUUGGCUCACAUGUGAAAGUUUUAUGGAGCAAAGAAAAACAAACCCAAACUGUCAAAUAAUAAAAAGAAUCCUCUUAAAAUGUGAACAGCAAACAAACUGAAAGCUUCAGAAAACAUCAGCAGAUGGUAGAAAGGGCAGCACAGAGGGGUGGAGUCCGGUCCCACAGCCAGGUGCACCACUUUAAUGCUUCAGUUGGAUGGUUUUCCUACUGGAGACAGUGUUCAGGCUGAUCGAUCGGCUGGCAGACUGACUGGAUCCAUGAUGGAAUUACAGACGUUACAGGAGGCCCUGAAGGUGGAGAUCCAGAUCCAUCAGAAACUGGUUGCUCAGAUGAAGCAGGACCCUCAGAACGCAGAUCUGAAGAAGCAGCUCCACGAACUUCAAGCAAAGAUCACAGCGCUCAGCGAGAAGCAGAAAAAGGUGGUGGAGCAGCUGAGGAAGGAGCUGCUGGUGAAGCAGGAGCCGGAGGCCAAGCUGCAGCUGCAGGUCCAAACUCCUCCAGGAGGAGGAGACAUCAAGCCGGCCAACCCACUGCAGAGCCAGCAGAUAGCUGGAGCGCUGCAGCAGACGCUGACAGUGACGCCGGUCCUCACCACAAAGACGCUGGUGCUGAAAGCUGCCCCCGGCACUGUCCUGCCGCAGCGCCCGCCCACCGUCGCUAUGGUAACCACAGCUAUCACCAAACCCGACUCGCAGAACGCCCCCAUCAACCUCCAGGUGGCCGGCAAGCUGACAAAUCAGAGCUCGGAGCCCAUGCGGCUGGUGUCCAAGAACACCAUGGUGGUGCAGGCCGCCGCCCAGCCAAUCAAAGUUCCUCAGUUUGUCCCGCCUCCUAGACUGACGCCUCGACCCGCCUUUCAGCCACAGGUCCGGCCAAAGCUGACCACGCCCACCAAUGUCCCUAUUGCACCGGCCCCUCCCCCACCCAUGAUGGCGGCCCCCCAGUUGCUGCAGCGGCCCGUCAUGUUGGCCACUAAGCUCUCGUCCUCGCUGUCGUCGUCGGCGCCCAUCCACCAGGUCCGCAUCGUCAACGGCCAGCCCUGCAGCAAGACCGGUGCCGCCCCGCUGACGGGCAUCGUCAUCACCACGCCAGUCUCCGCUGCACCCAACCGCCUCGCCAGCCCCGCCCAGGUGCCCCUGCCCACCCCUGUCCCCACUCAGACUCCGGUCCAGCCGAUCCAGAUCAGCAGCCUGACCACUGAGCCCAAGCAGACUGUUAAACCGGGAGGAACAGAGCAGCACGCCGUCGUCAGCCUCCCGUCCUCCUCCUCAAUCGCUCCUGUGUCUCCUCCUCCCAGGCCCCCCAAGAAAGAGGAGAACCCAGAGAAACUGGCCUUCAUGGUGUCCUUGGGCCUGGUAACACACGACCACCUGGAAGAAAUUCAGAGCAAAAGACAGGAGCGUAAGAGGAGAACGACGGCCAACCCAGUGUACAGCGGCGCCGUGUUUGAACCCGAGAGGAAAAAGAGUGCAGUGAGUUACCUGAACAGCCCUCUGCACCAGGGGACCAGGAAGAGAGGUCGUCCACCCAAAUACAGCAGCGUCCCGGACCUGGUCAGCCUCACCCCGACCUCCCCCUCCAGCCCCGUCCAUCCCCUCCCCCUGCCCAGCCCCAGCUCUGGGGAUGGAGACAUCCAUGAGGACUUCUGCACUGUGUGCAGACGCAGUGGCCAGUUGCUCAUGUGCGACACGUGUUCUCGUGUUUAUCACCUGGACUGCCUGGAUCCACCCCUGAAAACCAUUCCUAAAGGCAUGUGGAUCUGUCCAAAAUGCCAAGAUCAGAUCCUGAAGAAAGAAGAAGCCAUUCCCUGGCCCGGCACCCUGGCUAUCGUUCAUUCCUACAUCGCUUACAAAGAAGCUAAAGAAGAGGAGAAGCAGAAGCUGAUGAAGUGGAGCUCAGAGCUGAAACUGGAGCGAGAGCAGCUGGAACAGAGAGUCAAGCAGCUCAGCAACUCCAUAACAAAAUGCAUGGAGACCAAAAACACCAUCCUGGCCCGCCAGAAGGAGAUGCAGCUCUCCCUGGACAAAGUCAAACACCUGAUUCGCCUCAUCCAAGCCUUCAACUUCAACCAGGCUCUGGCAGAGACGGAGGGCAAAGACAUGAGAGUCCCGGACAGGGCUGAGGCCGCGGUCAGCUCUGAAGCUCCGCCCAAAGUCAACUCGGCGGAGAAGGUGAAGGCGGGGAGCUCCUUGGCCAGCGUCAUCACCGAAGGGAGCAAGCCCGAGGAGCACGGAGCGGCGGGGAGCCACCAGACGGGCGGAGACACCUCCGGCCAGCCCGACAGCACAGUCCUAACGGCAGAUAGCGGCACCGGCGUGGGGGUGGACGGAAAAGCGGGGCUGGGGGGAGGGGCUAACACGGGGACUGGUCUCCAGGCGGAGAUCGUAGCCAAGCCUGAGACUGAGGUAGCCGCGGCAACUAAUGUUCCCGCUUCUUCGGCCGUUGCCACCACCAACGGCACAGCCGAGCCAGCCCGUCCCGAUCAGAGCCCCGGCGGAGGCCACGGCGCCAACGCCGCCACCGGCUCUGAAAACAAGACAGCUGCCGUCAACCCCCCAGAGACGCCGGCAGAGAAGAAACAGGAGGAGAUCACCGGAAGCGAUGGCAGCAACACCAACAACAGCAAAACCUCAGAACCCUCCCAGCAUUCUUUGCCAGCUCUCGUCAGCAGUUUGGACAAUAAAAAGUAACGCGGCGUCUCUUCAGUCGGGGAAUUCAAACAUAUAUAUUAAAAAAAAAGACUCUUGCUUGCACCGUGUGGUGCCCUGAAGUUGCCAAUCUGUAUAAAUGUUGUUUGUUUGCA